UAUGUUUAAAUAAAUUCAUUCACAUUUUUUUUCAUGAUAUUCUAAAUUGAAAAUUGAAUUAAAUUUCAUAGACUACGGCCAUUCUUGUUUUUCGUACGUUGGCGAUUGACAGCGUCACUCUUAAUGUAUUCCAAGGGAUGAAAAAUCGUAAGUGGUUCGUUAAAUAAGAAUAAUUAAAAAAUAUGCGACCGGAUUCACGCAGCGUUUCAUUUACAUUUCACCGGGAAAUUCUGAAUAUCAAUAAUUCACCGGAAAUUACAAAAAAUAUAAGACGACGUCUUCAAGAUCGUUUCGAGAAAGAAAAGUCUGGAGAUUCCUGUAAAGGAAAGAUGUCAAAGGAAAAACAAACAAGUGAUCGUAGUUGGAACAAUUUAACUCUGGGAAAUAUGUCAGCGGAUUCUAGACGUGCUCUGCGAAAUGGAGCUGAGAAGUUAUCCAAAACCAUAUCUUCCGUACGCAUAACUUUUGGAACUAUUUCACAGAAAUUCAAAAGUUCUACACGAAGACGUCAAAGAUUGGAGGAGCAACAAUCUCCUAACAGUAUUUGUAAAAUGCAGACUCCUCAAACCCGUUCUCGUCAACUUCUUGGUCGAACACCAACAAAACUUUAUAGUCCUUUUGGCAUAGAAUCUCCAAGACAUGCAUGGAAUAAAGAGAAUAAUGAAACACCAGUACACAGUCCUGCAGAAACACGAUAUCUCCAGUGUAGACCUUUUCGUUUUUCGAGAGCCAAAGGAUUUUCUGUAUUAAGAUAAAAUCUUUUCAUUCUUUUUUCUAAUUAUUAUUGAAACAAUCUCUUUAUUUCUUAACAAUGUAUUCAGGAUUACGUGCCUUGUGCAAUUGAAUUAUUUUAUUCAAUUUUGAUCAAUAGAUAAAUACA